AUGGAAAACCAGAACAAUGUCACAGAAUUUGUUUUCAUAGGGCUAUGGGGAAAUAAGCAAAUAGAGCUACUGUUCUUUUUCUUUUUCCUGCUCUGUUACAUGGCUGUCUUAAUGGGGAACUUCAUCAUCUUACUCACGAUCACCUGCAGCCAUCUAAUCCAACAACCAAUGUACUACUUUCUCUGCCACCUUUCCCUCAUGGACCUCUGCUACACCUCUACUGUGGUCCCUCGGCUGAUCAGGGACUUAGCUGCAGCAAGAAAAAAUAUUUCCUAUAACAACUGUAUGACCCAGCUCUUCACUGCCCACUUGCUGGCUGCUGUGGAAAUAUUCAUCUUGGUGUCCAUGGCCUUUGAACCCCUGCAGUACAUGGUCAUCAUGAACCGGCAGAGGUGUAACAUGCUGAUCAUCAUGGCCUGGAUUGUGGGUUUUUGGCACUCUAUUGCUCUACUUCUCAUAAUACUCAGUUUACCUUUCUGUGGUCCUAAUCAGAUAGACCAUUACUUAUGUGAUGUGAAGCCUCUUUUGAAACUGGUUUGCAAAGAUAUUCAUGUUGUUAAUAUCUUAAUGAUCGCAAAUUCAGGGAUGGUGGUGGUUGUAGUUUUUCUUGUCUUAGUAACUUCUUACAUACUCAUAUUAUAUAAUCUUAGGACACGCUCCUCUGCAGGGCGACGCAAAGCUCUCUCAACCUGUAGCUCUCACAUAACGGUUGUAGUUUUGUUCUUUGUGCCCUGUAUCUAUAUUUAUGUUCUACCUGCUGGGAGUGAGAACAAGGAUAAGGAAAUCUCUGUGUUUUACACUGUGAUUGCUCCCAUGCUGAAUCCUCUCAUCUAUACCUUGAGAAAUAUGGAGAUGAAAAUCGCCAUGCAGAAGGUAUGGUCUCAAAUGGCACAUUCAAAAUUAAAGUAA